AAGGAGAAGACUCGAGUCCGUUCAUGCUCACAACUCGGCCAGCGUGAGUGUCAGAAGGAAACCAAAGUCUGUCAGAAUGCACGCUGCUAGUUUCAGAGAUUGCAAAGCCUGGCAAUCCGACGGUCUGCCACUGUCCACCAGCAGUAACGAGGCCUGUAAACUAUAUGACGCUAUACUGUCUCAGUAUGUGACCUGGCGUAAUGAUGAGACUCUGGGGGGAAUAGAAGGCUGUAUUACAUCCAUCAAAGCUGCAGACCCGGACUUUGUGAUGGGUCACGUCAUCUCCACUGGACUGGAGCUGGUGGGCACUGGAAGCUCUGUCCUUCGGGAUGAGAGAUUGGCCAGCGCAGUGAGGAGGACCGUGGAGCUGGCGGACACUCAGCAGCUCACAUCCAGAGAGAAGAACCAUGUGAAAGCCGUCCAGCUCUUCUCUAAAGGAGCCCUGCACAAGGCCUGUGAGGUUUGGGAAUGUAUUCUGGCCGAUCACCCCACAGACCUGCUGGCACUGAAGUUUGCCCAUGAUGGAUUUUUCUACCUGGGUGAACAGACUCAGAUGAGGGACUCGGUGGCGCGGGUGAUGCCCCACUGGAAACCACAUAUGCCCCUAUACAGUUAUAUUAAAGGGAUGUAUUCCUUUGGGCUUCUCGAGACUCGUCUCUAUGAUGAAGCUGAAAAAAUGGCAAAAGAGGCUCUGUCUCUGACCCCGGAGGAUGGCUGGAGUGUCCACGCUGUGGCUCAUGUCCAUGAGAUGAAGGCAGAGGUGGACAAGGGCCUGAACUUCAUGGCCUCUACAGAGAAAAACUGGAUGGUGUGCGACAUGUUGGCAUGUCAUAAUUACUGGCACUGGGCUCUGUAUCACAUUGAGAAGGGGAAUUAUGAAGCAGCUUUAAAGAUUUUUGAUGAGCAGGUUUCCCAGCGCUGUGUGAAAUCUGGAGCCAUGCUGGACAUUGUGGACUCUUGUUCGCUGCUCUACAGACUGGAGCUGGAGGGUGUGAGCGUGGGUGAGCGAUACCGGGAGCUGCUCCAGGUCACCCAGCCCCAUUCAGAGGACCACACAUUGCUCUUUAACGACCUGCACUUCCUCAUGGUUUCACUGGGCAGCAAAGACACGGGCACCACUCAGCGUCUGCUGGAAAGCCUGCAGGAACUGGCUAAAGAUCCAGCAGAGAACCGUCAGCUGCAGAUAGCGGAGCGCGUGGGUCUGCCCAUGUGUCAGGCUCUGCUGGAGUUUGAGCAGAGGAACUACAGGCAGGCCGUGGAGCUGCUGAAGCCCAUCAAACAGAGCUUUGUGGAGAUCGGAGGCAGUGACGCGCAGAGAGACGUUUUCAGUCAGCUCCUCAUUCACGCCGCCAUGAAGUCAGGAGACAAAGAACACCAACAAUUGGCCAGAUGCAUGCUGAUGGAGAGAGACGCAGUGCGGCCAAACUCCCCGCUCACAGACCGCCUGAUCCAGCGAGCCCACUCCUUACACGCUUAAAUCCAGACCCUAUUCCCUGUGCGCUAAACAGUCUGUUCUCUGCUGCUUUAAUUAUAGGCUAACACAUUUAACCACAGACAUCAGAUCAGAGAGCACAGCACAGCCCAUGAGUUAGCAUUGAACAACACAAUAAUAAAAUAUCUUUAAGUUAGCAGUUUUCCAUAG